UUCCCCGUGUUGUCUUGACACCAAUUUACCAGGUUCUCAAUCUCCAGACUGUACUACGUCUCAUUGUUAUUUAACAUCUGGCCCACUACAGCGGUGUUGUCCUCGAAUUUGUAAAUUGAAUUGUAUUUGUAUUUGUUGUACAGUCGCUCCCCCUUAAUUACAGCUCCGAUAGGAACAGACAUAAAGAACAUCUCGUAGAGCAGUGGCGAGUUUAUCAAAAAGUCAGUUUAUUCAACAGUACACACUGGGAAACACUCAGAGAGAACCCAAAGUGCUUCAAAGAUUUGCAGCACAACUGAUCAUUUUCAGAAUUUUGUGAGUCACUGGAAAGGUACCAAAGGAUUGGAAAACCUUGUGAUGUGAUGACCUUAUUUGAGGACCAGAACGACGACCGAAGACUGGAACGUGCCCCGGAUUGUAAAUGACCAGAAAUGUGUUUUUUCACGUGGUGGCCCUGUGGCUGUGAAUUUAAUGACACAAAAUGAAGCAGUUAAAAUUUGAAGUCAUCGGGAUUGUGUUUGCGUUGGCUUACUGGUGUUCAUUGCAAGCUGUGGAACAUGUAGAUGUGGCCAGACAUGUGAUCAAGCUGCACAGAGGAAGAGGGGCCCCAAUCACUAAAGGAAAUUUGUGGAUUAUGGACAAUUGUAAAAGGUUGUCUGGAAUGCUUCACCAGAAAAAUGUAGUACUCAACAAACUGAAGAAAGCCAUUGAAACAAUAAAGAAGGAAUCCAGAUUGUCAGUGGAAGAAAAGAUCUUCCAGAUUCACACAUUUGAGAUGUUCCAGAAAGAGUUGAAUGAAAGUGAGAAGUCAGUGUUCCAGGCAGUUCAUGGGCUUGAAAGAGUUCUUCAGGGGGACUACAAAGAUAUAGUAAACAUGAAAGAAAGCAGCAAACAACGCCUCGAAGCCUUAAGGGAAGCUGCUAUAAAGGAAGAGAAAGAGUAUGUAGAGAUGUUGGCUGCAGAGAAACACCAAGCUGAAGUGCUCAAGAAUAUACAGCAUGCAAAUAAAAGCUUGUCAAUCCUUGAUGAAAUUCUUGAGGAUGUGCGGAAGGCUGCUGAUCGUUUGGAGGAGGAGAUUGAAGAUCACGUCUUUGACAACAACAAACUUAUUCACGGUGGAAAUGUUGAAGCUGUCAUCAGAGUUCAAGAAGAUGAGGGAGAUAGUAAACACAAUAUUUCCAUGCGUGAGGUGCAGGAUAAUUUUGGGCUGAGCAUGCUCAUUGACUCGCAGAACAACCAGUAUAUACUGACCAAACCACGGGACUCAACUGUCCCAAGAGCUGAUAUUCAUUUUAUAAAGGAUAUAAUCUCUAUUGUGGUAUUAUCUCUGCCUUGUGGCUGGAUUUGUAACCUGAUGGGGCUUCCUAUGAUGUUUGGUUAUAUCAUUUGUGGAGUAUUGUUGGGUCCUUCAGGACUAAACCAUAUCAAGUCUAUUGUGCAAGUGGAGACUCUUGGUGAAUUUGGAGUAUUCUUAACUUUGUUUGUCGUUGGUCUUGAGUUUUCACCUGACAAGCUGAGAAAGGUCUGGAAGAUUUCCUUGCAAGGUACCAGUUAUAUGACAGUCCUAAUGAUUGCAUUUGGAUUGUUCUGGGGAUAUCUGUUGAAUAUUAGGCCAACACAAAGCAUAUUCAUUUCCACAUGUUUGUCUCUAUCAAGUACCCCUUUGGUAUCCAAAUUCCUUGCUUUCGGUGCCAGAGGAGAGAAAGAAGGGGAUGCAGAUUAUAGCAGCGUGUUGCUUGGAAUGCUGGUGAUGCAGGACGUUCAGCUGAGUUUAUUCAUUGCUGUGAUGCCUAUGCUAAUUCAAGCAGGCAAUAGCACUGCUAACAGCAGCAUGAUGUUAGAAAUACUGCGGGUUUUCGCUCUUGCUGGUCAAAUUCUAUUUUCGUUGGCUGUAAUUCUUCUGAUGUGUCUUGUGAUAAAGACUUACCUCAUCGGACCGUUUUACAGGAAACUACACACUGAGGGUAAAGGAAAUAGAGAGAUAAUUGUCCUAGGCAUAUGUGCAUUUAUCUUUCUUAUGUUAAUGGUGACUGAAAUUCUGAAUAUUUCCAUGGAACUGGGUUGUUUCUUAGCCGGGGCAUUAAUUUCAUCACAAGGCCACAUUGCCACAGACGAAGUGAUGUUGUGUAUGGAACCUAUACGGGAUUUUCUGGCCAUAAUUUUCUUUGCAUCUGUUGGUCUUCACGUGUUCCCAACAUUUGUUCUUUAUGAACUGACUGUGCUAAUGUGCCUUACACUGGCCGUGGUGGUGUUGAAGUUCGUCUUAGCAGUACUUGUCCUCUCUCUAAUUCUUCCAAGAAACAGCAGGUACAUCAGGUGGAUCGUUUCCGCUGGCUUAGCACAAGUCAGUGAAUUUUCCUUUGUUCUGAGUAGUCGAGCCCGCAAGUCGGGGAUUGUCUCUCGAGAAGUGUACCUCCUCAUUCUCAGUGUCACUACCUUGAGCCUUUUACUUGCCCCAGCACUGUGGAGAGGAACAAUUUUAAAAUGUGCGCCUAAGCCGGACAGGCGGUUAACCACAUGAUGAAAAGCGGAUAAGAUAAUGUUCCAAUCACUGCAUUUGUUAAAUGUUGGAGAUUGAAGACUCCUGUUCUCUAGAUUUCCAUAAGGAGCUUUUAUGCAGAAGCUGGUACCAGUUGAAAUAUGGAAGUUGGUUUCCCCUAACAUCACUGUUUUAUCUUUUGUUUCCCAUGCAUAUAACUGACAACUGGAUUCAGAAGAGCAAUAGUCACUUUAAAUCCAUUGGUAGAAUGCUUUGUACAUGCUGCUUCAUAUUUCUGAUCUUUAAAUGAGGAAAUGGGUUUCAGGGCAAAAUGACAGGCAAAUGUGCUGAACUUUAUAAUAUAUAUUGUGGAUUAACAAUUGAAGGAAGGAAUAAGAUGUAUUUUUGGUAAAUGUAUUUAAUUUAUAAAUACUGGCAAUGUUUUCAUUGGA